AUGAUAGAUACAUUCGAUGAACUGUUGCUUCCAUACCUUAAAUCUUCACCACUUACGAACGCUUUCCAGUUAAAGAGCCCUGCGAUUCAGCAAUACCUUAACUACCUUACAACACUUUCCCUUUCAGAUCUAAAAACCUCAGAGCCCCAAUGUCUCUCACAAAGUUUACACACAACUCUUAUAUCGCUUCAGGCUCUCUCAAAACGCUCGUAUAACUCCAUAAUUUACUCAGAUAAGGAACUUUCCACCUUGAGAACCCAGCUGCUCGCUCUUGCUCGAAUGACUGGAUCUCUCCGGGAUGCCCUCCCUAAACUUGAUAACGCUGCUAUUCAUUUCAGCGAGACGUAUCACUCUCGUUCAAAAAAUAUUCUUCUAGAAAGGCGACAGAAAGCCUUACUGUUAUCUCGUAAUGUCGACCGUCUUUCCUCAAUCCUCGAACUACCUUCACUCUUGUCCACGGCUGUUUCCAGUUCUAAUCAAACAUCCGCCGCCACUUUAAACUACGCUUCAGCUCUUGAUCUCAAUGCACACAUACGUCGGAUGCACACCCUUCAUCCUGACUCAGCGCUUGUCGCAAGUGUGGAAGCGCAAUCGAGACUUGCAAUGCAAGAAAUGACAUCAAAUCUUAUAAAUUCUCUCAAAUUCAACACACUCAAAUUAGCAUCUGCAAUGCGAACAAUAUCAUGGCUCAGGCGCAUUGCACCUGAGCUUAACUCCAGCCCCGAGUGUACUGAAGGAGCCCUUGGUGCGUUAUUCCUUGUUUGUCGUCUAGCGAAUCUACGACAAAUGCUUGGAGCUCUUGAACCGUUACGUGAACUUGCCGACUCAGAAAAAUUCCGGUUGAGUGAAAGUACAGAAACUAAGGGUAGACUCGGGAACGGUCAACAGACGGAGCGAUAUUUAAAACGAUACAUAGAAAUUUUCCGGGAACAGAGCUUCGCAAUAAUCUCUAUGUACCGUUCAAUAUUCUUACCUUCAUCUACAAACGAAGCGCAAAUCUCGCAAGGGCAGACGCCAACAGGGACUGAAUCUCUCCAAAUUCUUCAAUCAAUCCCAAGUGCGCUUAGUACAUUCCCAUUAACAUUAGUUAAUAUGUUAGCCGAUACCCUUCGAAAGUAUCUUCCUAAUGUGAAAGAGCGCAGCAAUCGUGAUAGUCUCCUCACCCAAGUGCUUUACUGCGCAGGUAGUCUCGGAAGAUUGGGAGGCGAUUUCAGCUUAGUAAUAUCUAUUUUAAAUCAACACCAAAGCGAAAAUAUGAAAGAAGGAAAAGGCGGAGACGCGGAAUGGGUGGAAAUCAUUAGAAAGCACCGCAUUCUUGCAGGUCGGCUUGAACUAAUGGUAGGAAGUCGCGACACAUCGGAUAAUAUUCUGGCUAAGUAG